AUGAGCGUGAUUCUUUGUACCGCGGGCUACGACCAUAUCAUCCGAUUCUGGGAGGCCCUGUCAGGCAUAUGCUCACGCACCAUCCAGCAUCCAGAGUCCCAGGUCAACCGGCUAUGCAUCACCCCAGAUAAACGAUUUGUUGCCGCAGCAGGCCGGCAUCGAGUGUACCUUUAUGAUAUCCGAUCCUCGAAUCCGAACCCGGUCAUGAAGUUUGAUGGGCAUACGAACAAUAUUACUGGUGUCGCGUUCCACUGUGAAGGCAAGUGGAUGGUGACCAGUUCUGAGGACUGCACGGUGAAGGUGUGGGAUGUUAGAUCGGGAACACUACAGAGGAACUACACGCACAAGGCACCUGUCAAUGAUGUGGUGAUUCAUCCUAAUCAAGGUGAACUGAUCAGCGGAGACGGAUCUGGCUUCAUUCGAGUGUGGGAUCUAGGAGAGAGCAGGUGUACGCAUCAACUGAUACCCGAGGAAGAUGUGUCUGUUGCUAGCGUCAGCGUCGCAAGCGAUGGUUCUUUGCUAUGUGCUGGAAACAAUAAGGGAAACGUAUACCUUUGGCGCAUGCUGCAGAACCAAGAUGAAACAAGCAUUGUCCCCGUUGCAACUUUCCAAGCACACAAAGACUAUCUUACCAGAGUGCUACUCUCUCCCGACGUUAAGCACUUAGCAACCUGUUCAGCUGAUCAUACGGCCAAAGUCUGGUCUCUGGAUCCAGAAUAUGGCCCGGCAAAAAUGGCAGCUGCCGCCAGGGAGAAGGCUGCCAAGGAAGCCAGCCAAAAGGCUCCCACAUCUGCUUCCACGCCUGCUUCUGUUACGGCUUCUCCAAAUGGACAAGAAGCGAAGGCCACAAAGACACCACCCAAGACUCGAACAGAAUGGAACGGGAAGGGGUCGCCAGCCAGCGGUUCAGUUAUCGCCUCCGGCGGAAGUGCCGAAAUAUCUGCCUCAGAACUCACUCAGAAUGAUAGUUUUGUGUCGGAUCAGCCGUUUGUUUCUUUCCUUGACGGACCACCUAUGGACCUUACUACGAAUACGCUUUUCCUGGAAACUACCUUAGCCAGCCACCAGAGGUGGGUAUGGGACUGUGCCUUCUCGGCUGACUCUGCAUACCUGGUUACUGUGUCUAGUGAUCACUGUGCACGGCUCUGGGAGCUUUCAUCCGGACAGAUCAUCCGGCAGUAUCAAGGGCAUCAUCGCGGCGCAGUCUGUGUUGCCCUGAAUGAUUACUCCGAGCCGCGGUAG